CUUGCUCGAAGUAAUGGGGUAUACUUCUGGACCAUGGACAUUCCUACUAACUCUAGCUGGACAUUUAAGAGAAUCAUGAAGCUUCGAUCCCUUGCUUAUCCUAUUCUGACUGCAGGAUUUAAGUGUACUAAAAGCUUAUGGGAAGAUGUUCGAUUGAAGAACAGCAAAGUUUCCUGGCAGAAACUGAUCUGGUACCCAAUGCACAUCCCUAAGCACAGCAUCAUCACUUGGAUGAUAAUUCUGGACCGUUUGCCCACUAAAGACAGACUGCUGAAGUUUGGAAUCAUUGUUAAUCCUCAAUGCAUCUUAUGUUCUGAAACUAACGAAACCAGAAAUCAUCUUUUUGCUGAUUGUAAGAUGGCUGGCUCCAUCUGGCGUUCUCUUAUUCUUUCAGGUAUUCACAAAUCUCAAUUAUCCUGGUCUAACUUGUUGAUCUGGGCGUCUGCAACUUGGAAAGGAAAAUCACUUAUUACCAGCGUUUUAAAGCUCUCUUGGUGUGCUUUCAACUAUACAAUUUGGGAGGAAAGAAAUCAUCGGCUUUUCAGAGGAUUUAUGAACCACCAAAGAUGAAUUAUUGGAUUAGGAUACCAUAACCAUGGAAAAACAAGAUAUGCUUGCUGUAUGAGAAGAUAUCAGCUGACACUUCAAUUUGGGAGUAGAUUGUGGAACAAAUUAGGUAGAAAUGAAAGAGAGAAGAUGCUAGUCUUCUAGAAAGAGCUGGGUCCAUGGCAGAUAUGUGACUGUUGGGCAAGAUUAAAGGGCAAGAGAGGUUCUCAACCCCACAAAGAAGUCCUAAAAAACCCAAGUGACCCUCUUUGAAGAACUUGUGGUGUAUACAUCGAGUGAGCGAAUUACCAUACGAGUUGACAAAAACAAAACUCUCCUCCACUCUAUACAGUCCAAUCCCAUUUCUCUCUUUCCCCCAUCCUUCUCCAAUCUCUUGUUAUUUUUAUAAAGGAAAAAGAAGAAAACCAUAAUCUUGUUUCCCUUUUAUUCCUUUUUUAUCAUCAAUCCUUGUCCCUUGUCAUCAUCAUCAUCACUCCCCCUAAACACCAACAAAAACAAUAGCUGCUUUCUGGUUUUGAUUGGGAGAGGAUGAGAGUGAGAGAGCAUUAUGAGAAUACUUUGUGACGCUUGUGAAAGUGCUCCUGCGAUUGUCUUCUGUGCUGCCGAUGAGGCUGCUCUUUGUCGUGCCUGUGAUGAAAAGGUCCAUAUGUGCAAUAAGCUUGCUAGCCGCCAUGUCCGGGUGGGCCUAGCAAAUCCCAGUGAUGUUCCUCGCUGUGAUAUAUGUGAAUAUGCACCUGAUGGAAGUUCCCUUUGUUUGCAAUGUGAUGUGAUUGUGCAUGUUGGAGGUAAAAAAAACCCAUGGAAGAAAUCUUCUCUUAAGGCAGAGAGUAUAGUUUCUGGGGGAUAUUGCGGUGGAUCGGAGUGUGAACGGAAUAGGCCAAAAUCAGCCGGCUAAACCUACGAUAGGAGAGAACCAACAAAAUCACAAGAUCUUUCUUGCACAGAUGGCUGCUAAAGAUCUCAACACCGAUACUAAAAUCGAUUUGAAUAUGAAUCCUCAUCGAAUGCAUGAGCAAGCCUAAAACAAUCAGGUUGGAACUGUUUUCACUUUUUCUCCUUUCUCUUUCACACAGCAUUUAGAACACAUUAUCUUGUUCUUUCAACAUCCCAUUAUGGAGAGACAUUAGGUACAUGUGUUGUUAGGAUGCCUCUCAAAAUUUCGUUUUGCAUGUGCAAUGAUCAUGCCUUUGUUUUGAUGCAUGAAAAAGACAUGCAUAUAUAAUGAGUUCCUCUUUAACUUUUGAUAAAGUUAUUUUGUUUAUAUAUCCAAAAAGGAAGCGUGAUUUUUUCUGCCAU